AUGCGUGCUGUCAUCUGGGCAGGUGUGCCUUUCCAGAUGAAUGUUACGAACUUACCUAUGCCAACUGUUCAAAGCCCAACUGAUGCACUCGUCCGAAUCACUACCGCAGCGAUCUGCGGUACUGACCUUCACGUGUACCAUGGAGUGUACGGCAGCAGCAAUGUUCCUUAUACAAUCGGCCACGAAGCUAUUGGAGUGAUUUCUGAAAUAGGCAGUGCGGUGACGGGUUUUUCAGUCGGUGACAGAGUAAUCAUACCAGAUGGUGUUCAAGAUGGUCACAUUGGUGGUCAAUCCCAUCUAGCAUAUGGCCUAGGUUCGGAUUAUGGCAUGUCAGACGGUCUUCAAGCUGAGUACGCUCGAGUUCCUUGGGCAGACGGUAACCUUAUGGCAAUUCCACCAAGUAAUGGUACGAAUCUAGACAACGAUUAUCUCCUCGUAGGAGAUAUCUGGGGAACCGCUUGGGGAGCUAUCGACUAUUCUGGGUUUCAACCGGGAGACACUGUGGCAGUCUUCGGCGCCGGGCCUGUUGGACUUCUUGCUGCUUACACAGCCAUUCUCCGCGGUGCAUCGCGAGUAUACUCUGUGGAUCAUGUACCUGAGCGACUUAAGAUUGCUGAAUCCAUCGGGGCGAUUCCUAUCAAUUUCAACAACUCCGACCCCGUGGAACAAAUUCUCCGUUACGAGCCGCAGGGCGUAAGAAGAAGUCUUGACUGUAUCGGAUUUGAGGCAGUCGACCAACAAGGCAAUCCACGCGAAAACGAAGUCAUCAUGAAUAUGAUCGCUGUAACCGGCCAACAGGGAGGCAUUGGGCAGAUUGGCAUAUUCGGCGCGUCGAACACUUCAACUGGAACCCCUCUCGCGGACACUUUGUCACACACCAUCGACUUUCCUAUGUCCGACUUCUUCAGCAAGGGAUUGAGUAUGCGAAGUGGACCUGUUGAUAUUGAAGCGGUUGCUCCUAAUCUCAUUGAGCUAAUUUCGAGUGGUCGCGCGCGACCAAGCUUCAUUGUUAGCUCAGAAAUCAACAUUGAACAGGCUCCAGAAUACUUCCGUCGCUUCGACGAGCAUUUGGAGACCAAGGUCAUGAUUCGCUUUCCUGAAGCUUGA